AAAGUGAAUAAUACGUUUGUCUUGUUUUGAUUUAAAAUUGUAUUGCUAAAAAUCUCUCGGGAUUUGUACUUCCGGAAGGAACGCUACUUCCUGAUGAAAAGCCGAAAAGCCCGCUCAACUCCCACGCAAAUUAACAGAUGCAACGGCGAACAUCACGUACAAUCCAGUGACACAUCAUGUGACAUGGCUCCGUCAUUAAAUCGAAAAUUGCUGUCAAUGAUUGAAGGACGUCAAACAAAGAGGAAGAAACUGAAGUUGAUUAAAUGGCUCCAGAAAAAAAAAUUGCUUAAAGCAAAAAUGAAGUGCAAUUUAUGCCAACAUAAAAUGAAGCUGACUCAUAAACCCAACAAAGCAGACAACUAUGUUUGGUCCUGUACACGAAACAGACAUAAGGGAAGGUUCAAGUCAGUGAGGUAUGGAUCACUUUUUGCCAAGUCAAAGUGUAAUUUAUUCUCCUGGAUGAAGUUCAUAUAUCGGUUUGCUCAAGGCCUUCAGUUGAGACAAAUCGACAUGAUUGAAGAUGGCAUUGCUGGAAGCUCACGUACACUCAGCAGCAUGGCCAAAAAAGUUCGAGCUAUUUGUAAAGAAUCCAUGAAGUUGUAUGCCAGAAGGAAGGGCCAAAUGAUAGGACAACCCAGGGAGUUUGUUAUGAUUGAUGAGAGCAACUUCCGUCACAAGCGAAAGUUGUAUACUUGUUUUUCAGUAUGGACGUGGAAGGUUCGCAAAGACUUGGCGUAGAAGAAAGUGGGUCUUUGGGAUGCUGGGGGUUGCACCAAGAAAUAACAAGCCUAUUCUGAAACUCGUUCAUCGAAGGUCCCGAAACCAUCUUAUCCCACAUAUUGUACGACAUGUGCAUCCUGGAAGUUCCAUACUUAGUGAUGAAUGGCGUGCUUACAGAGGGGUACUAAGCGAUCUUGGCUAUAACCAUUUUCCUGUGAAGCAUAAUCAGUGUUUUGUAGAUCCAAUAACAGGCAGCCAUACACAAAAUCUGGAAAGAGCAUGGUUAACUUACAAAGGAAAAAUAUGGCGUCUUAGAGGAAAUAGGACAGAGGACCUACUAAAACAACAUCUAAAACUGAUAGAGUGGACUUACUGGCUUGGAAAUCGGCACAAAAAUGGUCCUCUUGGAAGACUGUUGAAGGAUAUUCAUCGAAAAUAUCACUUUUAAAACACAAAGCUGAUAACUCCCCGAAGCCCAUUAUUUCUCCAGCCUAACUUGACCAUGCUGGCUCACUCCCAGAUCAUCCUUAUUUUUACUCUUUUGAAACACCUCUUCCAUAGUCCCAUUCAUUGAUACAAACAGUAUAUAUAUUUCUUAUUUUGUACAUUUUGUAAUUCUGCUGCAGAUGAUUUUUCUUGCUUCAAACACUACAGUUGUACAAAUGAAUUUCCAAUUGUCUUUUUAUUAAUUUGUAAUAUGUAUACAUUGUUAAUUGAGACCAUUGUUAUGUAAUGUAGUAAAGGUU